AUGGAUGUAUUCGCCUUCUUUGUUUUACAGUAUCAGAAGCUGCCUGUAGAGCGGCGAGCAUUUCCAUUGGGAACACUGAUGGCUCUGUCGCUGCAGUACGAAGAAGACCCAUUGCCCUGUUCGAAGCAGAUUGGUUGGAUUGUUGACAGACGAAAGUCGAAGUUUGAACGAACAGAUAUGAGCGAAAGGGAUUUCCGGAAUAUGCAUUUUGCACAGUUGGAGGAGCCAGCGCUUGCCGACGAAUACUGCAGACUUGCUGUGAAAUUCUUGCAGGAAUAUCGUUGGGUGUUUGAUUUCAAAUGGAUCGAUUUCUUCACGGAGAGCGUAUGGGAACGAGUGCCACCGGAUGUAGUUCUCAAAAUCUGA